AUGUCAGUCUCCUUUGCUCCAGAAUGUACGCCAGCCAAGAAAGAGUAUGAUGACUGUUUCAAUAAAUGGUAUACCGAAAAGUUUUUAAAAGGCAAAUCGAUUGAAAAUGAAUGCACAGAGUUUUGGGACAACUACAUCGAAUGUAUAAAUAUCAACUUGGCCAAGCAGGGAAUCAAACCAAUGUUGGAUAAAGCUAGGGAGGACCAGCCAUUCUCUCAUGAAGAGAUGCAAGAAUCGCUAAAGGAAUCGGAGAAGAAAUAA